AUGAUAUUGACUGUGUAUGUUUGGAUUGCAUCAAACGAUUUAGGUGGCGUUACAUUGUUGCAGAACUCUGAUGUCGAGAUGAUCUACAAUGCUCGUUGCUUUAAAACCGAACUCCCACCUACAUUGACACACCUCGAGGUUGGAUACAAGUUCAGAAUGUUCAAGUAUUCCUUCCUGCCCGAUUCACUCACGUCACUUAGGAUAAACAGUUGCAACUUGAUUGGUAGCAUAAACUUUGGAAUGUUGCCAACAUCACUCAAGACUCUUGAUCUGGACAAACAUGUUGAGAACUACUCGACGGGAAUGAAUGGAAAGAUGCCUUCAUCAAUCACAUCAUUGUCACUGGGUAGUGGAUACAAUUAUGACAUUGUGCCGGGUCUACUGCCGCAAUCACUCAUAUCAUUGACUCUGGGCACUGGGUUCAAUCAACAAAUACGCGUUCGAGUACUCCCUCUCACAUUGGAGACACUAAUCAUUGGUGAUCAAUACAAUCAUGAGUUUGGAUUGGGAGUGCUGCCCUUGUCACUGACAACACUGUCAUUUGUCACAUACUCAUCGUACAACAAAGAGUUCUUGCCAGGAGUGUUGCCUGACCGUCUACAAUCACUCAGUCUUGGAGCAUACCACAAACAGAAGUUUAGAGUUGGAUCACUACCGGCAUCGCUCACCUUCCUAUCGUUGGGCACUUUGAGUACAUUUGCCUAUGAACGCCAGCUCGAAAUCGGUUCACUGCCCACAUCACUUCAGACCUUGGUUGUUGGAGAAGGCCUCAUUCAAUCUUAUACACGAGGCAUUCUACCCAACUCUUUGACCUCACUCUCUAUGCCCAUGAAUGAGGCCAGCGUGAUCGAGCCAGGUGCACUUCCCAACUCCCUCAGAUCCCUUUCCCUCAGCAACAGACCAGUGAUCACAGUUGGAAUGCUGCCCAACUCGCUCCAAUCACUCUUCUUCGUUGGUAGAUUUGACGUUGCCGUCCCUGUAGGGGCACUGCCAGAGUCAUUGACCGAGUUGUCAUUUUCAGGUUGUCCCACUCUCGUUCAUCAAUUCGCUCCUGGCAUGUUACCAUCAUCAAUCAAGUCAUUGACAAUGAGCAGCACAUACAUUUACUCGUUCAAACAUGAUACUCUACCCUCUUCCUUGACAUCACUCAAGUUUGGUCGUACCUUCAACGGUGCAUUCCCAUCCGGUAUGCUGCCGUCAACGAUAACCGAGUUGGAUCUGGGCGAUUCGUACUCUAGUCCACUGACGGCCGAUGAGCUCCCAUCAUCACUCACAUCGCUCAGAGUCCGCGACUCAUCCGUGACAUUCCCAAGAUUGGAGAGACUAGAGAUCAGAUCGUUGGAUAACAUCAAAUCGAUCAAGUGUGAUUAUAUUGGGUCACUGGUUAUCAGCAGUAAUAUUGAUAGCAAGAAGAAAGACAGUAAAUGGCCAUCGACCAAUCAACACUUUGGAUCAUUCACCAUUGGCAGCAGAUCACACACUUCAACGACCGAUCCCAAGCAUCGAGCAGUACAUAUCAAGUCACUGAUCAAAUCGAUACCAAACGCCGACUCUUACAACAUACACAGCCAAGAGUGGAGUGUUCAACUUCGCAAGACUGAUCAAUGGAAUACAAUCAUUCUCAUCAGUACAUUCAAUCGUCUAAAGGACAAUCAAACAAUCACCAACAAGAAGAGAAUACUGUUCUUCACGUUGGACAAGUCUGGAGAGUUGGUGGCCACAUUGGAGGAUGAGAUCAAUCGAUUGAAGAAAGAGAAUGAUCGACUCACCAAUCAGGCAAAGCUUAUGGAGGUGUCAACAAAGACAGAUCAAGAGAACAAUAGAUUGAAACAAGAGAUUGAUCAACUAAAGAACAAAGUGGAGCGAUUGGAUCAAGAAAAGAAUGAAGAGACAAAGAAGUUUGAAUCAGUCAGCAAUCAACUCAAUCAAUAUUUGAAGGAAUGGGAGAUCAAUGUUGUUGUACCAACACCAUCCAAACCUGUUGCCAAGAGUACAAGAAGAAGGAAAUAA